GUAUUACUUAAUAUAACCUUGAAAAUAAAUAUUACUUUCUAAGCUUUUUGUUAUAAUUUUUUCAGUGGCUAUGAUCUAGAAUAAUCAUGUGUGAAAUAUAUUUGAAGAAUUGUAAGUGAAAGAUUUAGUGACUCUUGUUAAGAAAAAUAGUGUAGAUAUUUAAUAUCACAUGAAUAAAUUAUAAAAUGGCCCAAAGUGCUUGUCUAUUAUCUCGAAUAAUGGCCACUUCUGUAUCUGCUACUGUAAGAGCAGGUAAAAUCAUAAGAGAUGUUAUGACUCAUGGAAGUUUAAAUAUAAUAGAAAAGGGCAAAAAUGAUUUACAAACUGAAGCUGAUCGUUGUGCUCAAAGGUGUAUUAUUGCUUCAUUAAGUCAACAGUUUCCAAAUAUUACUAUUAUUGGUGAAGAGGAACCAUCAAACUGUGAUAUACCAUAUGAUUGGAUUGUAACUGAUGCAGAUCAAGAAAUGUUACAAUUAAAAUUACCAACCCAUUUGGAAAAUAUAGAUCCUAAGGAUGUGUGUAUUUGGGUAGAUCCAUUAGAUGGAACAUCAGAAUAUGCACAAGGCCUUGUAGAACAUGUUACAGUAUUAGUAGGAGUGGCAAUUGGACAUAGAGCAAUUGGAGGUGUAAUUCAUCAACCAUAUUACAAAAAUAAUGAGAAUGAAAUACUAGGACGUACUCUUUGGGGUAUUAAUGGUGUAGGAUUUGGUGGGUUUGCACCAAUUGCUCCACCACAUGGAAAAAUAAUAGUUACAACUACAAGUUCACAUUCAAACAGUAAUGUUCAAGCAGCUAUAAAUGCUUUAUCUCCUGAUGAAGUUUUACAUGUUGGUGGUGCUGGAUAUAAAGUAAUACUUUUAAUGGAAGGAAAAGCUCAUGCUUAUGUAUUUGCUAGUAAUGGUUGUAAAAGAUGGGAUACUUGUGCCCCUGAAGCUAUUCUUCAUGCUAUUGGUGGUACAUUAACUGAUAUUUAUGGAGAGUUCUAUUCUUAUAAUGCAGAAACAAUAUAUUCUAAUGAAAGAGGUGUAUUAGCUACUGCACCUGGUCAGAAUCAUCAAUGGUAUUUGAAUAAUAUACCAUACGAACUAAAGCAAAAAUUAGAACAAUAAUGUAUAUAAUUUUACAGAAAAUAUUUAAUAUAUAUUUAAAUAGGAGAUCA